AUGGGGGGCAAACAGACCAAGGGUCACGAUGCCGGAGGGGCCAGCCCUCAGCACAGUUGGAGGCGAACACCCACCAAGGAGCGGGGGGAUCUGUUUGCAUCCCUCAUGCUGAGGUCUGGGGACAGGCUGAGCCGGGGUACAACCCCGCCGCCUUACCAGCGCCGAAUCGGGAUGAUCCAGGAGAUGAUGCUGAUGGCCAAACAGGGCAAACACGACGAGGCCACAGAGAUGUUGAGGACUCUACGGCAGGACCUAGGCAUGGAGUCAACAUCUCUGGACGAUGUAUUAUACCGCUACGCCAGCUUCAGAAACCUUGUUGACCCAAUCACUCAUGACCUGAUCAUCAGCCUGGCACGUUAUGUACACUGCCCAAAGACGGAGGGUGACUCUUUGGGAGCCAUGGAGAAGGUUUGUCGACAACUGACCUACCAUCUCAGCCCCCACUCUCAGUGGAGAAGACAAGGCAUACUCAAAAGGAAACCCCAGGCCUGUCUGAAGGCGGUUCUGUCCACACCUCCGCCUAGCGGGGCGUUGGAUCUGUCCGGUAUUCCUCUGGUAGCUCGGGACAUGGAUCGUCUGUGCAUGCACCUGCAGCAUCACGCUUCAACAGUGGUCAGCUUGGAGCUGGGGUUCACUGAACUGACCGAUGAGGCCUUCCUCUUGCUGCUGCCCACUCUGGCUGCCCUGCCUCACCUGGAGACACUAGCCAUGAAUGGAAACCGGCUGACCAGGACUAUUUUGAAGGAGCUGACAGAUGCCUUGAAGGAUCCUAAUAGUUUCCCGAGUGUGACAUGGAUCGACCUUGGGAACAAUGUGGACAUCUUCUCUCUGCCACAGCCUUUCCUGGUCAGUCUGCGGAAGCGCUGUCCUAAGCAGGGCAACCUUCCCACCAUCUUGGAGUUUGGUGAGAGUCAGGCCAGCGAGCCUCCUGAGAGGCUGCGUGGUGUCGCCGAAGACGAGGUGACCGACGACACCAACAGGACCGAAAGCAUGGGAGAUUUGCGGUCAGAGGUGGAAGAUGAUCUGGAUGGUGAGCUGGAGAUCGAAGAGAUGAUGGAAGAGCUGUUGGACUUUGACAGGGAGGCGCAAGGGAAGGAGGACGAGGACGAGAGCAUGUGGACCGUUGAGGAGCAGAGAAAGGCGAGGAGGAGGAGGACACAGGAAGAAAAGUUCCAGAGAAAAGAGAGGACGGGUCGGAUGGCGGUGAUGGCGCAGGACGAGGAUGACACACAGAGUCAUUCCUCCCCGCUGUCUUGCUCCAGCCAGUCACAGCAGUCGUCUGCGGCUGCCGAGCCACUGAAAGCAGAGGAGGAUGACUUUGACAAUGUGACUGACCAAUCAGAGCACUUGACCUGA